AUGUUGAAGAUGAUACAAGAAAUUAUGAUAAUAUACUUGCACGUUGUAGUUGAAGAAUUUCAAGUACAAGUAGGAGUACAUUGUGAAAUAAAUAAAAGGUACAAGUACGAAUGCAAAUGCUCAAUUGAGUUCUACCCAAAGAUGGAACGCUGGAAGCUGCAUAACCGCUCACGUUUUGUUUCUCAGUUGUCUCUUUGCCCCAAUUUGUUGACGUUGUACGAAUUUUUUGCUCUUUCCAUCCAGAGUGGCUGCUGGUACACGCGGAAGGCCUACACGAGCCAAGCAUCACAUCUCAUCACAUCAACUAAAUUGAAACGUUUUAGAAUCGCUAACUUUGCAGCCUUCCAAUGCAAAUGUUUUGACAGUUGCUUGUCUAAUAGUCCAAUCCAAUCCAACACUUCCCUGGUGGUUUUCGCGCAAGUGACACAGUGCAAAUUGUGCAAUACAUGGCAUGGUUUUGCUUUCAACAACAGGAAGAAAUGUAGUAAUCAGACUUAA